GUAAGGUUAGUUCUGGCGGGAAUUAGGUGGUCCUUCCCUCCAAAUUACAAAAUUCAGUGUCCAAGUCGUCACUCACUCAGUCUCAGUCCUUUCCUUCCUACUCUUCUCUUUUCUUACAUUCCUCUCCCAAAUACCUAUUCGCUUACCAAAACCCUAAUUUCCAAAGCUAGCAACCUCCAAUGACAGCUCCGCAUGAACCCUCAGUGCCGGAGCUCAGUCUCCGCGAGUCCACACAGCCGGAGCAGAAGUCAGUACGCCGGCGAUUGGUUCAAGCGACGCUGUUCCCGCUUAAACCUAAGCCACAAGAUCGUCAAGUUAACGGUGAUCUCAAGUGCGAGACGGAUUGCGAUGAGAUCCUCGUUGGCGAGGACGAGGAGUAUUGUGAUAGCCAGAACAAGAGAAAGAGAAUGCCUAAAAGGAAAUCAGCACCCCCAGUAAAAGCAUCUGGCAAGGCGAAAGGAAAACGAUCUGCGGAUAAUGCUCUGCAGAAGAAUUCAACAAAUGUACAUAGCGAAGAUAUAGUUUUUGUUAGCCCUGAUAAAGAAGCGCAAAUGACAACCCCUAAAGGAAAAUCAACUACUCAGGGAACAGCUUCUCGAAAGACGAGGGGAAGAGGAUCUGCAAAUAGUACUCCAAAGAAAAAUUCAACAAAUACACAGACAGAAGAUGUAGCUGUUGCUAUGCCUGAUUUGCGGUUAGAGGCAAGAUUGACAGCCCAGGAAAAUUCACGGAUUUUUGCAGGAAAAAAACUGCAUCCCUUUUUUUCAUCUCGGAAGGAAGACAAGAAAAAUCGGGAGGUAAUUGUAGAGCGUAAAACGUUUGCAGUUGUUAGGCAAAAUAAAGAGGAGACUUGUGCACCAAUUCAUGUAUUUGAAAGAAGUUUGGAUACUGACAUUCCUCUUGACUGGGGAUCCUGGAAAUUUUCUGAGGAGAUCUCUAUGAAAAACAUUUUUGACCUAGAAAGCACAUGCAGAUCUAUUUUUGAAGGCUCCCUUGAGUGCUUAAGUUUUCAAAAGUUUCACCUCAUUUUACACCCUGACAACGCAUCAAGUUUUCAUGAUAACGUUUUUUCAGAUGACUUUGUUGUUCAAGAAGAUUGUAUUUAUGAAACAUUGUCAGCAGAUGAUGAAACAGAGGGCAGUGAGAUAAAUAAAGUUGAUUCCUUUGGUGGACCUACUGGUGUGGUAGGAAAGGCAAAUACUAGGAAGGAAAGUGGAUUUCUUGAGGGCAGAAUGAAGUCAUGCUAUUCUGGUUGUGAUAAUCAACUAAGGAAUAGCUUAUGGACUUACAGUUACCAGCCAAAAACUGCCACGGAGGUAUGUGGUAAUGAUGAUUCUGUGAAGUUUUUGAGUGAGUGGCUACAACAAUGGCGAGAAAGAGAUUUUGAAAUCUGCAAUGAUCUUAUUGAUUGCGAUACAAGUGAUAGACAAGAAGAUGAUUAUAUAUGUUCUGAAAGUGACUCUGAUUCAGGAAGCCAAUAUGAGGAGGACAGGCUGAAAAAUGUCCUCUUAGUUACAGGACCAGUUGGGAGUGGAAAAUCUGCUGCAAUUUAUGCUUGUGCGGAAGAGCAAGGAUAUGAGGUCUUGGAGGUCAAUGCAUCCGAAUGUCGAAAUGGAGCUCUUGUGAGGCAGAAAUUUGGGGAGGCUCUUCAAUCACGCCGAGUUAUAAGGUCACUAACAAAUGCUGCUGGUUCUUCAAAUAAGCAUGUUCUGAAACCCUCUGCAGCUCUGGGUUCGGCAAGUCAAGAAUAUGAUGUUAGCAUCGCUGAAGUGAUAGUAUUAUCAGAUGAAGAGCGUCGUAAUGAAGCUGAAAUAUCUGGAAUUUGUUCUCACGAGGAAGCUGGAAGUUGCUCUUAUAAGAGCGAAGUUAAGCCUUUAAUUCUUUUCGAGGAUGUGGAUAUCACUUUUCUUGAAGAUCGAGGCUUCAUCGCUGCAGUGCAACAGAUUGCUGAUACUGCCAAAGGACCCAUAAUAUUGACUAGCAAUAGUCACAAACCUCUACUGCCAGAUAAUUUAGACAGAUUAGAGAUCUGUUUUACACCACCAUCACCACAGAUGCUGCUUUCCCAUGCAUAUAGGGUUUGUGCUGCUGAGAGAGCCGACAUCCAAACUCAUGUCAUAGAGCAAGUAAUUGAUUCUUGUCAGGGAGAUAUACGUAAAAUGAUUAUGCAUCUUCAGUUCUGGUGCCAGGGUAAAAGCUCUAAGAAAGGUAACAAAAUUCAAAGGGCAUAUGGAUCACUUCUAUUUAACCUUGAGGCUGGCCAUCAGAUACUUCCUAAAUUAAUACCAUGGGACUUAAGAUCUGAAUUAUCAGAGUUAGUUGAGAAAGAGAUCGCUAAGUCGUUAUCCAGGGAAGAAAAUUCUAAAUUAAUGGAUAUAAUCGAGGACAAGCAGGAAAUACCAUUCCGUUUUGCGAACAAUAAUAUUGAAACAGAAACUAUAGAGGCAAAGAAGGAAGCAAUGUUGAACCUCAAUUGCUCUGUUUACGACUAUGAUGAGUUUAGAGUUCAGCUUGAUACUCAUGAGGUUUCUGAUAAUUUAGACACCCCAUUUUCAUGCAUGCGGAAGAAUGUUCGGAAAAAGCAUGACGUGGUGUCUUCUGAUUCUGAAGAUGAAUUAGUGGAUAAUGGAUGUCCCAUGUAUUUAAAUGAAGAGACUCCAAAUGAACCACUAUUUAGAAGGAGCCCAUUGUUUAAGGAGCAACCUUGUUCGGUUGCAGCAGAUAUAGAUGAAGGGCUUUCUCACCAUUUAGACUCUGCUGGCUGCAUCCCCUUAAAUGAUGAAUGCAAGUCAAUUGAUGUGUCAUGCGUGCCAGAAUCAUCAUUUGUUCCAGAAACUGAAAUUAACGAUUGCAGGGAGCAAGAUGUUACGGUUUCCUGUGGUUUUGUUGGGGAUACAUUGGAUGAAGUCUCAAUGAGGAACAGGUUACCUGUUGAAGAUGAACAUGUUUAUGUAACGAAACCAGAAACAAAGAGAAAUUCAGAUACCUUGUUAAGUAAUCAUGAUGUAAUUGCCAAACUUUUCCAACAAGAGGAGGUGGAAGAUUCUCAAAAUGAGCAUGUAGAGGCUGUUGCAAUAGGGUAUCAGAACAGUCAGAUUUUGGAUGAGUGUAGUCGAAUGGAUUGUAGCAGAACUUUAAAAUGUAUAGAGAAGCCUAAACCCUUGGUGGUGCCUGAUAUAGUACAACAUUCAUGGAACCAACUUCGUAGGCGCCGUGCAGAUCUAUCCCAGUACGUGGGUUCCGAAGAGCAUGCUAUCCCAGUUGUCCAGCUCAUUCAUAAAAUGACUAAUCUAAUCUCAGAUGCAGAUGUUUUGCUUCCUGACCGUCAACCACUAACAAGGGAUUCUUUGGAACCAUCGGUGAUCACAUCUGAGGAGUCAGAUGCAUACAGUUUUUUUAACAGAUGCCGGUUUGCUUCUGCAACUGCACAGCAUGGAUUUUGCUUGUUAGCAAAAGACAUUGCUGCUGUUGGAUCAAGGAUGGGUUCUGUCCGCUCUGUCGAUUUCACCUCAAUGUUGGGCUGUCCAACUGGUUCGCUGGUUUUUCCUAAGUUGGCUGAAUCAGGAACUACAUGGACUGGAAGAAAUUCAGAGUUGAACCGCGAAAACAAAUCACACCUUGCUGAUGUAGUUGAAUCCAUUGUUCCUUCAAAAUCUCUCAUGACACUGAAAGGUGCAGCAUGUUAUGAGUAUCUUUCUUCACUGCGUUGCAUUUCAAAAUCAGAAGCUUCUCGUUUAUCAAAGGACACUGGGAUCCAAAGGAAACGCAGGAGGUGGGUUGAUCGGCACUACUUAAGUACUGGUACACUUAUGUUGAGUCCUGAGGAAAUAUUGGCUCUUGGUGAAAUAAACAUGCCUAAAGAAAUUUCUUCAUGAUGCUCGGAUGUUAAGAACUUUGACGUCAAAGCAAGGAAAACUUACAAUGCUGCUCUGUAACUCUGCCUCAUUUAUUGGCUCUGCACAACGGCCAGAGAAAUUUAAUGUGGUAUGUUCGGGCUGAUCUUUAAGUUAAAUUAAUUAUAAACUUAGUAAUUAUGUGGUCUGUGUCAAUGGCAGGCUAAGCCAACGUUUCCUUAGGUUAAACAAUAAGAGGGAUGAAUGUGAUAAACAAGUUGAGCUAUGGUUAGAUCCCAUUUCUCCCCGGUUGUAAAGUGCUUUUAAGUUUUAGCAAAGUGAUUCUUUGUAGCAGUACUACUAAUUAUUAACUGUGUAACAGAGGUGGUUCUUUCUGGCA